AUGAGUUCCCUAGCCGACUGGAUGCCUUUGGACCUACUCACGGACAAGGAAAUAUCUAAGAUAGGAGUCAGUGUCAAAGAAGAACUCAGUUACGAUGUCACCGAAGAGGCAUGUCUGGAGAUUAAAGAGGAACCACUUGAUUAUGGAGAUGAAAUGAGGGAUAAAGUGAACAAAAUGGAAGUGAAACACGAGCUUCCUCUCUUCAGAGGUCUACAAGAAAGCAGGUCUGAAGCAAAUGAAAAACACUCGCAUAACUUUAUUAAGGAUUGCAAUAACUCGCCGAUCUUGCCAUUUGUAGCUGAGGUGUGUGGGAAGGAGUGUUCACCAGAAGAGAAUCAGGAGAAGGAAAAUCAUAAUCAUGAGGAGGUUACACAACGAAAAGACAGGCAAUUGAAAUGUGUUAUUUGUGAAGUAUGCGGCAAGAAAAUACAAUCCAAGAGCUAUUUGAAGCUUCAUAUGAGAGUUCACACAAAAGAGAAGCCUUACAGCUGUGAGAUUUGCAACAAGACUUUCUCAUACAAACGUAGUCUAGUUAUCCACAUGAGAAUACAUACAAAGGAGAAGCCAUACAACUGUGCGAUUUGUAAUAAAGACUUCCCUGUGAAAGGUAGUCUAGUAAGGCAUAUGAGAGUACAUACAAAAGAAAGGCCAUAUAACUGUGAGAUAUGCAAGAAAGUCUUUUCACAGAAUUACAACCUAAUGCAGCACAUGAGAGUACAUACAAAGGAAAAGCCAUACAUGUGUGAGAUUUGCAAUAAGGCCUUCCCAUUCAAGACUGCCCUGGUAAGACACAUGCGAACACAUACAAAAGAGAAACCAUACAGCUGUGAGAUUUGCAAGAAGAGCUUCUCACAGAAAACUAGUUUAGUAUGGCACACAAGAGUACAUACAAGGGAGAAACCAUAUAGCUGUGAGAUUUGCAAAGAGGCCUCCGCAUCUAUAAGUGACUUGGUAAGGCAUAUGCGAGUACAUGCAAAGGAGAAACCAUACGGGUGUGAAAUUUGCAACAAGUCCUACUUACGGAAACGUAACCUGGAACAACAUAUGAGACUGCAUACAAAUGAGAAGCCAUACAACUGCAAAAUUUGCAACGAGGCCUUCCCAUCCGUAAGCGAGCAGGUGAAGCACAUCAGAAGACAUGCAAAGGAGAAAUCAUACAGAUGUGAGAUCUGCAAUAAGUCCUUCUUUCUGAAAGAUAACUUCGUGCAACACAUGGAAGUGCAUCCAAACGAGAAGCCAUAUGGCUGUGCAAUUUGCAGCAAGGCCUUCUCUCGUAAAUAUGGUCUUAUGGAGCACCUGAGAGUACAUACGAAGGAGAAGCCUUACACAUGUGAUAUUUGUAAUAAGUCCUUUUCAUACAAAAGUGCUUUGAUGAGGCACAUGAGAAUACAUACAAAGGAGAAGCUAUACAGCAGAGAGGUAUGCGAUAAAGCCUUCUUGCAGAAAGGUAAUCUAGCAGAACACUUAGAGGGCACAUGCAAAGGAGAAGCGAUGUAG